GGGUGAUGACGCAUUUAGAUUUCCUCACAGAUUCACCCGUAACUUCCGGCCGCCAAAACAUGAAAAAUGUUGACAACUUGAUCACUAAAAAUGUCAAGUUUUUCCAAUAACGUGAACGAACGUCAUCAAGAGAUCAGAGUUUGGUUGGAGAAUGUAUUUGCAGGAGAGCCAGUACCUUCAUAUGAGCUGAACAAAACUACAAUACGAGUGCUCCAUGAUCUGAUGCAGAAAAAUAGGUCUAUAGAUGAGGAUACACAGCUUGUGAUCGCAGACCUACGGCAGAAAACACAGGAAUAUAAUGCUGAAGCCGGAAGACUGGAGCAUGUCCUGAAAGGCGUUGGCCUGACCUCAUCCGUGUUGUCACAGUCGGGGGUAAUGAGCCUGAGAACUCUGGCUAAUGUUGCCUUACUUCUACAGAUCAAGGAUAUAUCUGAUACCAAUUAUAUGCUGGCUUUGCAAGCCCUGCAAGAUGAACUGUACAAAACAGAGGAAAGUUAUCGCCAAGAACAGACAACUCUGCAGGAUCUCAGGGACAAAUCUAAGAAUGCUCUCCAGAAAUAUAAUACUAUCAAAAGGAGCCUAGCUGUACUACAGCAACAAGCCAAGAGUCAACACCCAGAGAUGGAGGGAAAGGCGAAAGAAACAGUCUUCUCACGUAGCAAAGCCAAAGAGUACAAGGAAAAGAUUAGUCAACUCCAGAAAGUCUUAUCUAGUACUGGAGUAGAUUCCUCUGUUUAUCAUAGAGAACUUGUUCACAAGUCCGAGGAGCUACAGAAGCUGAAGGACCAGAUGGCCCCACUCAAGGCCAAGCUACAGACCUACCACAGUCUACCUCCAGAUAUUUCUUUGACAAAAGUGAAGCUGGAAGAAUUGAAGAGAGAAGUGGAUAUGUUGGAAUCGGAAGUGUGUAAAAACAUUGAUUUGAUGCACAUAUAAAAAUACCACCAGGAGGUUGUUUGGUGAACUACCCAGGGAUACAAAGAUUAUCGACCACAGAUCUAAAGAACCUUUCCUACACAGAGCCAUGGUGCCUUUGGAGUCAGAACUGUGGCCCUACCAUAAGUUGGGACUCCAAAACAUUUGUGUAUUCUUUGAAAGGAUGUUCUCAGGAGGAAUUCACUAAGAGACUUUGGAGAUGUUUGUCCGGUCAAGUUGCUAGUAGGGGGUUGAGAAAUGGAAACUCCGGUACACAGAACUGGAUGUAAUUGUUUAGUGGUUAUAUAAGGAUUUCCACUAAAUUGUCUUUAAAAUCUUGCACAGAAAAGUAUUCUUUUUUUUCUGCUCAAUAACUAAGAACAGUGUUGACUGCAUAUUGGAAUACAAGGCCACAAAACAAACAUGAAGCCUUAAAUGAAGCUAAAUUAUCCUCGAUAAUAAAUGACAUCUUCGAUAAUGAAUGAGAGAAAUGCUUAUUGUGACUGCGAUCUCAUGCUUAUUUGCUUUAGUAAGAAAUUAUGUUCAUUACAUGUAGGCUGUGAAGUUAAAGUAUUAAAUGUAUAUUUAUGUUUUUUGCAAGAGAUUAAAAUUAUGAAAAUCAAA